UUUUACCUUUUUUUCACUCCUGUGUGUGUGAUUUAAUUUAAAUGUUUAGUUUAGUUGUAGUUUCCUUUGUUCCUGGGUGAUGAGUGAGUGCACAGAGCUCCAGUAGGUGGCGCUGUGAGCGUCUAGAUGUCCCACAUUCCCAGAACUAGAAGAAGACGUGCUGCAGUGUUGCUGAUUGAUGAGCUGAGCUCUCCGACUCUACUAAUCAUCUUUCCAUUCAGAUAUUUCUCCCAGGGUUUUACCUCCACACUUCCAUCUGCUCAAGCUCAAGGAACACCAGGAGGUCCAACAAGGAUGAAGUCAGACAUGAUUAAAUGUGAGAAUCUGGAACCCCCAGACAGCUCCAGUGGUCACCAAAGUUCAUCUGGUACUUUCCACACUAACACCUCUCACAGACAAGUGCAGAAAGAAAUUCACCACUGCUCACAGUGUGGGAAGAGUUUCAGUCGAAAGAGUUAUCUCAGACAACACCAGCGAAGUCACACCGGAGAGAAGCCGUAUCGAUGCUCGCUGUGUGGAAAUAGUUUUGCUUACGUGUGUAAUCUCCAGCGACACCAGCGCAUUCACACAGGAGAGAAGCCGCAUCAGUGUUCGCAGUGUGAAAAAAGUUUUAUCGAGAGUGACAGUCUCAUAAAACACCAGCGAACUCAUACAGGAGCAAAGCCGUAUCAGUGUGUGGAGUGCGGGAAGAGUUUCACACAAAGGAGUAAUUUCCAACAACACCUGCGCAUUCACACAGGAGAUAAACCACAUCACUGUUCAGAGUGUGGAAAGAGUUUUAGACAAAGGACUUCUCUCCAGGUACACCAGCGCAUUCACACUGGAGAGAAGCCGUAUUACUGUACCGAGUGUGGGAAGCAUUUCACUCGGCAGAGUGAUCUCCUACGACAUCAGCGCAUCCACACUGGGGAGAAGCCGUAUCAGUGCUCGCAGUGUGAGAAGAGUUUCAGUGACCAGGGUAAUCUCCGGCAGCACCAGCGCAUCCACACAGGAGAGAAGCCGUACCAGUGCUUGGAGUGUGGGAAGAGGUUUAGUAACCAUAGAAAUUUUCAACAACAUCAGCGCAUUCACACAGGAGAGAAGCCGUAUCACUGCUCACAGUGUGGGAAGAGUUUCAGUCAGAAGAGUCACGUCAAUCGACACCAGCGCAUUCACACAGGAGAGAAACCGUAUCAGUGCUCAGAGUGUGGGAAGAAGUUCACCUGCCAGAGUCACCUCCAGCGACACCAGCGCAUUCACGCAGGAGAGAAGCCGUUUCAGUGUUCACAUUGUGAGAAGAAGUUUAGUGAGAGACGUCUUCUCAUAAAUCAUCUGCGAGUUCAUACAGGAGAGAAGCCGUAUCAGUGCUCAGAGUGUGGUAUGAGUUUCACGCAAAAGAGUAAUCUCCAAAAACACCAACGCAUUCACACAGGAGAUAAACCGUAUCACUGCCUAGUGUGUGGGAGGAGUUUUACACAAAAGUCCACUCUCCAAAUACAUGAACGCAUUCACACUGGAGAGAAACCGUAUUACUGCUCCCAUUGUGCAAUGAAUUUUACUACCCUGAGUAAUCUCCGAAAACACCAGCGCAUUCAUACAGGAGAGAAACCGUAUCACUGCUCGGAGUGCGGGAAGAGUUUUACACAAAAGUCUACUCUCCAGAUACACCAACGCAUUCACACUGGAGAAAAACCGUAUUACUGCUCCCACUGUGCAAUGAGUUUUACUACCAUGAGUGAUCUCCAAAAACACCAGCGCAUUCACACAGGAGAUAAACCGUAUCACUGCCUAGAGUGUGGGAAGAGUUUUACACAAAAGUCUACUCUCCAAAUACACAAACGCAUUCACACUGGAGAGAAACCGUAUUACUGCUCCCAGUGCGAAAUGAUUUUUACUACCCUGAGUAAUCUCCGGCAACACCAGCGCAUUCACACAGGAGAUAAACCGUAUCACUGCUCGGAGUGCGGGAAGAGUUUUAGGACACACAGAAACUUUCAGCAGCACAAGCACAUUUACACAGCGGAGAAUGAGGACAUGCUGCAAUUUUCAGCAAAGUGUGAGAAUUAUUUGAGGGGUGUCCUGUCUCCUCCUGUUGUCCUCUUUCCUACACAUCAUUCAUUCUUCUCCACAAGAAUAUCAAGAGUUUUAACCAUGAUGAAAGCAGAAGAGAUUAAAUGUGAGGAUCUGGAACCAGUGGAAAGCUGCAGUAGUGAGCAAAUCUCCGAUACUUUCCAAACUAACAUCUCUCACAGACGAGUGCAAAAAGAAAUUCACCACUGCUCACUGUGUGGGAAGCGUUUUACUCGGAAGACGUAUCUCAGACAACAUCAGCGCAUUCACACAGGAGAGAAGCCGUAUCACUGCUCACAGUGUGGGAAGAGUUUCAGUCAGAAGAGUCACGUCAAACAACACCAGCGCAUUCACACAGGAGAGAAACCGUAUCAGUGCUCAGAGUGUGGGAAGAAGUUCACCUGCCAGAGUCACCUCCAGCGACACCAGCGCAUUCACGCAGGAGAGAAGCCGUUUCAGUGUUCACAUUGUGAGAAGAAGUUUAGUGAGAGAGGUUUUCUCGUAAACCACCUGCGAGUUCAUACAGGAGAGAAGCCGUAUCAGUGCUCAGAGUGUGGUAUGAGUUUUACACAGAGGAGUAACCUCCAAAAACACCAGCGCAUUCACACAGGAGAUAAACCGUAUCACUGCCUAGUGUGUGGGAGGAGUUUUACACAAAAGUCCACUCUCCAAAUACACCAACGCAUUCACACUGGAGAGAAACCGUAUUACUGCUCCCAUUGUGCAAAGAAUUUUACUACCCUGAGUAAUCUCCGAAAACACCAGCGCAUUCAUACAGGAGAGAAACCGUAUCACUGCUCGGAGUGCGGGAAGAGUUUUAGGACACACAGAAACUUUCAGCAGCACAAGCACAUUUACACAGCGGAGAAUGAGGACAUGCUGCAGUUUUCAGCAGAAAGUGUGGAAAUUAACUACUCAAGGCUGCGCUCAUUGUGGACAGGGACUCAGAACAAUAACUCCAACACUCAGAAUAAUAACUCCAACACUCAGAACAAUAACUCCAACCCUCAGAAUAAUAACUCCAACACUCAGAACAAUAACUCCAACACUCAGAACAAUAACUCCAACACUCAGAACAAUAACUCCAACACUCAGAACAAUAACUCCAACACUCAGAAUAAUAACACCAACACUCAGAAUAAUAACACCAACACUCAGAAUAAUAACACCAACACUCAGAAUAAAAACUCCAACACUCAGAACAAUAACUCCAACACUCAGAACAAUAACACCAACACUCAGAACAAUAACUCCAACACUCAGAACAAUAACUCCAACACUCAGAACAAUAACUCCAACACUCAGAACAAUAACUCCAACACUCAGAAUAAAAACUCCAACACUCAGAAUAAUAACUCCAACACUCAGAACAAUAACUCCAACACUCAGAACAAUAACUCCAACACAUCACAUGCAGCACACAGGGGACUGGGAUGUGUGAUGAGUGACGUCCUGUUACGAGCUUUUCUCCUGCUCAUUCCUACCCAUCCUAAACUUACCUCUUCAAGAACAUCAAGAGAUCCAACAAGGAUGAAGUCAGACAAGAUUAUAAGUGAGAAUCUGAUACCCACUAGAGGGUCCAGUACUCACCAAAUGUCAGCUGGGUCUUUGUGCUCAUCUGUUAAUGGUGCUAGUGAGGAGAAGGAAGUUCACCGCUGCUCACAGUGUGGGAAGAGCUUCACUCAGAAGAGUUAUCUCAGAAGACACCAGCUUAUUCACGCAGAAGAGAAGCCGUAUCAGUGCUCGCAGUGUGGAAAGGGUUUCACUCAAAAGUGUAAUCUCCUACAGCACCAGCAUAUUCACUCAGGAGAGAAGCCGCAUCAGUGCUCACAGUGUGGGAAGACAUUCAGUGACCAGAGGAGUUUUCGGCAGCACGAGCACACACACACAGGAGAGAAGCCGUAUCCGUGCUCACACUGUGGGAAGAUGUUUAGUGAUCAGGCACGUGUCCGGCGACACCAGCGCAUUCACACGGCAGGGAAGCAGUAUCACUGCGCACACUGUGGGAAGGGGUUCAGUGACCAGGUACGUGUCCGGCGACACCAGCGCAUUCACACAGGAGAGAAACCGUAUCACUGCUCAGACUGUGGGAAAGGUUUUACACAAAAGUUUAAUCUCCAACAGCACCAACGUGUUCACACUGGAGAGAAACCGUUUCAGUGCUCACAGUGUGGCAAGAAUUUUAAUGUACUGAGUAAUCUCCAGCGACACGAGCGCAUUCACUCGGGAGAGAAGCCCUAUUACUGUUCACAGUGUGGAAAGAGUUGUAGUGACCAGGGAGUUUUUCAGCGACACCAGCGCAUUCACACAGGAGAGAAGCCGUAUCCGUGCUCACACUGCGGGAAGAGGUUCAGUGACCAGAUCCGUGUCCGGCGACACCAGCGCAUUCACACAGGAAAGAAACCGUAUCACUGCUCAGACUGCGGGAAAAGUUUUACACAAAAGUUUAAUCUGCAGAUACACCAACGCGUUCACACUGGAGAGAAACCGUAUCACUGCUCGGAGUGUGGAAAGAGCUUUAGUACACACGGAAAUUUUCAGCGACACAAGCACAUUUCCACAGCGGAGAAAAAAGACAUGCUGCAGUUUUCAUCAGAAAGUGUGGAAAUGAACUAGUUUUAUUAUAAAUAGUAUUUGGGGUCAAAUGAGAAUGAGACCACUUUAUCCGUCUGUUGGAAUGGCUUGUGUACUCCGUGCCAUGUAUUAGAGUGCGUUUGGCAUUACUAUGACACUAAUACUACAGACAAGUGGGGAAGUGACAGUUCAGGUUUGCUUAUUAAAGCAAAGAGGUUUUUAGUAUUUUAUACUUUAGUAUUUUUUUAAUUUUGUAUGUUAUACCUUCUGAAAGCCAUAAUCUAAGAGUAAUCAGUGUGAAGAGGAAAUUAAACAAUUGUCAUAACACUGUAAUAGUUUUCAUAAAACGAAAAAUAAAAAAGAAGUCAGGGAUUUUGCCCAAAUGUUACGUAAAUGUAAAUAAUUGUUUUUAUGGAUUGUUUACAUGAAUAAGGAAAAGGACAUAAAAUCACUUCUUACAAUCAACAGGCACUUAAAAUACUACGUGCUUUCACCAAUCAGCCAUAACAUUAAAGCCCCUGACAGCUGAAGUGAAUAACGCUGAUUAUCUCGUUACAGUGGCUCCUGUAAAGGGGUGAGAUAUAUUACGCAGCAGGUGAACAGUCAGUUCUCGAAGUUGAUGUGUUGGAAGCAGGAAAAAUGGGCGUGCUGGAUCUCACAACUUACAGGACUUAAAGGAUCUGAUGCUAACAUCUUGGUGCAGAUAUCACACACACCUUCAGAGGUCUUGUGGAGUCCAUGCCUCGACGGCUCAGAGCUGUUUUAGCAGCACAAAGGGACCUACACAACAUUAGGCAGGUGGUUUUAAUGUUAUGGCUGAUCGGUGUAUAUUUCCAUUCUGAGGAGAGCACAUGGCUUCACUUUAUAGUCUUUUUCAGUCCCUUUGGAUUGAAUGAUUGAUGUGAUGUGUGUGUAUAAAAGUAAAACAUGUUCAACACUUGCAUGCAGUCUGCUGAAGAUUACACUAAUAAUCAGAAUAUUAAAAGUGACUGUGUAUAUGUGCAUAUUAAAUUGUUGUAAUGGUUUUAUCCAAAAACAGCAUUUACAUUAAGACAGCCAGAUUAGGAUUGCUGAUCACUGUAAACGUUCGGAGAAUUCCCAGAUUCCCCCUGCGGAUCAAUAAAGUACAUCUGUUUAUCUACACAUCUGUUUCUAUGGCCAAAGGUUUGUGGACACCUGACCAUCACAUCCCUGAAUGCUUGGUGUGAUGCUCUGAGUGAAGAAUUAUGUAUAUACACAUAAAAUGGCAUCAGUUUUAUUUUUAAAUCAACAGCAUUUAUUCAGAAUUAUUAAACUUUCACAUGUUCUGCACGUCUUUACUGUGAAUAACACCACAUGAGAUUACUGAGCCUUUUCCUUAUUUCUUAUUUACACCUUCAGACAGAUAUCUGAGAAGUAAUUGCACACAACAGUGAACAUUUCAUAGAGCCUGUACAAUCCUCUGUCUACUAAAACUAAAUGAAAGCAGUGCAGCAUGUGGCCAUCUUCUGAAAUAAAGUGAAUAC